AUGGCGGAACCAACACAUCAAUGCUCAGAAUCUGCUCCAAGUAGUGCGCAAUGCUUACAGCAACCUGCCACACCGAUAUCCCCACGUCGCGGUCCCGAAGAGCAAGAGCUUAUAAAGCCGUACUUCCCGCAUGCCAAUCCACCAAGUACCAAAGCGGCCCUACGUUUAUCAUCUGAUAAGAAAGUCCCGGAUGCGGUUCCUUCUGGCAUAAAUCAGUAUUUGAGGGAUUACCAAAGAGAUGGCGUGCGAUUUAUGUACGACCUAUACGUGCGGAACAAGGGUGGCAUCCUUUGCGAUGACAUGGGGCUAGGGAAAACAGUGCAGGUUAUAGCCCUAUUUGCAGCAAUAUUAGGUAAAACUGGCAGUGCCGACGACCAGCACAUGCGGAUACGAGCCUUACGGAUGAACGAUGAUGUGAACUUGAUUCGGAUCUUGAUCGUGGCUCCAUCCAGUGUAAUUUAUAAUUGGAAACGAGAACUUGAUACUUGGGGUUACUUUGCUGUGGGCAUAUUUCACGGCACGAAAAAGGAUGAGGUACUGGAAAAGGCCGCAAAAGGAUAUUACGAAGUAGUAUUAACGAGUUUUGACACAUGUCGCAAUAAUUGGAAAGCAAUCGAUGAAAUUGAGUGGACCCUGCUUGUCGUAGAUGAGGCACACAAGCUCAAAGAUGACAAGGCCGCGAUCACCCGGAUCAUGAGAGGCAUGCGAGUGCGUUGUAGACUAGGUUUGACGGGCACUGCCAUUCAGAACAAGUACAAGGAGCUGUGGUGCUUGCUGGACUGGUGCAACCCAGGUUCCGUCGGUUCAUUGAAGGAUUGGGAAACCAACAUAUCGAAUAUUCUAAGAAAGGGCCAAAGUUUUAACGCAUCGAAGAGGGAAUUAGCUCUUGCGCGGGAAACUGCUAUCAAACUCAAAGAGCGCAUACUGAACAAAUGGAUGCUGCGAAGAACCAAAGCCUUGAUUGCGCAUCAGCUACCCAAAAAGGAAGACCUAGUGAUUUUCUGCCCUUUGACGGAUACCCAGCGAAUUGUUUACGAUCGCAUAUUGAAGAGUGCGGAUUUCGAGUUAUUAGUACGUAAGAAUGACCCUUGCGAUUGCAAAGCAGGACGGAACCUGCGAACUCCCCGGGGCAAGUGCUGUUAUCAGAAAAAUGGCGAGGGUGUUCAUUGGCGGUUUCUGGUUCUCCCUGGCCUGAUAACGUUGCAAAAGAUUUCGAAUCACCUUGCGCUAAUUAUGCCGCAUGCCGAUGAUCUGAAGGAAAAGCGUCAAAAGGACGAAGAGCUCAUACGGAUCGGAUUCCCUAACGACUGGGAGUCUAGAAAACCCGGGUUUCGAGAGUACUCUGACCCGGAAAACUGCGGCAAGUGGAAAAUUCUGGAGAAGCUUCUUGCAAACUGGCAAAAGCACGGUUGCAAAGUACUCCUCUUUAGUUACUCGGUCCGCUUACUGGACAUGCUGGAGAAAUUAAUGUACACUUCUGGAUAUGACUACUGCCGUUUGGACGGGAAGACGCCUGUUGCUCAACGUUUGGAUAUCGUGGAUGAGUUCAAUUGCAAUGCGGAGAAAUUCGUUUUCCUUAUCAGCACACGGGCAGGAGGAGUCGGUCUCAAUUUAACUUCCGCCAACAUUGUAGUAUUUGAUCCGAACUGGAAUCCAUCCCAUGACCUUCAAGCUCAAGAUAGGGCGUUCCGCAUAGGUCAAAGGCGCGACGUGAAAGUUUAUCGCCUAAUAGCUGCUGGUUCCCUUGAAGAACUGGUUUAUGGGCGACAACUAUAUAAGCAACAACAGGCUAAUAUUGGCUACACGGCCUCCAAAGAGCGGCGGUAUUUUGAAGGAGUCAUGGGCGAUCCCUCGCAAACCGGAGAGCUUUUCGGAAUUGAAAAUUUAUUUGCCCUGCAACGGGAGAGCGACCUUAUUACAAAGCUCAUCGUCAAGCGUACUGAAAAAGCCGAAAUUCAGUUUGAAGUUGCGGAUCUUCACGUAGAUCACAUCAGACAAGCUGAUUCGAAUGAUGGCGAAAUGAUUGGGGAAGAUACAAAGGAUGACGAGGAGGCCCUUGCUGAUCAGAUGUGUGGCAUACAAGGUGGAGACGAUGAAAUAGUCCGCCAAUCACGGAUAGAGCGCGACACUGUUGCAGCUAUUCUCGACGAGUGCGGAAUUGCAUACACCCAUGUGAACGACGACAUUAUUGGAUCCAGCAAGAUUGAAGAGAAGAUCAGUUCGCAUGCACGCAAGGCCGUUGAAAUGCAAAUGAAUACGCAAGAUCAUGCUUUUCACCCGGACAUUCUCAACCACGAGGUUCACUUACAAGAGGCUGCCGAGUUCGGAAACAUGACAUCAAGAGUCCCCACCGUAGGAGAAUCCGGAAUUCAGACCGUUGUUGGAUCUACACCAGAAGCUGUGCGUGAAGAGCAACUCCACGAGAUGGCAAGGGUCUUUAUGUUCCCGUCUACUGAAGCAUUUUGUACUCAUUACGUCAACGUAUGGAGCGUCACUCCCGGGCCUUUUGAUGGACUAUUUCUCAGAUUCCAGUUGUUUAGGCACCUCGGAAACGACGGGACGACAUAA